CGCCCGGUCGUCUCCGCUAGCGGCGCGCCCGUCACCGCCGGAGGAGGCUGCCGCCUUGGUCCCUGAAGCCGUGGAGGAGGCCAGUGAAGGCCGCUCGCGGGCCAGCGCCGCCCUCGCUCGGGUGCCGUCGCUCGCCCCGGCCCGCGGCGCCCGCUCUGGGACAAGGAGGCGGUGGUUGGAAAAGAGACGCCCCGUGCGCCAGACGCAGCUGUAGAGCCCUGCUCAUUGGGCCAGCCACUCCUGACCUAGCAGCCGAAGGCCAGCUGGUGCUCGGGGUUCCCGGGAGGCAGUUGUAGGGGACACCAGCGUGGGCUCCGCCUUCAGGGAGCUUUCCGUUUAAUGGGAGUCACGUAGUCAUUAAAUCUGACCAGUUCACUCUGUUUGUAACCCAUUGGCUGCGGCCGGUUGCUUUUCGGUCGAAGACUAACGCCCUGCAUGGCGUCCUCUUAUGCGACUUGUAUCCGCUCGUUUUGCAGCACACUCUCCUCGGCUCUGCUACGGCCUUCCUGGCCAUUCACCUCUAGAACAUGCCUCUGCCCUUCACUGAGAGGGAGCCCAGGUGAUGGCAGCCAUGCCCCUGAACUCCUGGCACCAGGAGGUGGUGACCUUUGAGGACGUGGCUGUCUACUUCACUGGGACAGAAUGGACUGGUCUUUCUCCUGGACAGAAGGCCCUGUACAGAAGUGUGAUGCUGGAGAAUUAUGGGAACUUGACAUCCCUGGGAUAUCAAGUUCCCAGACCUGCCCUGAUCUCGCUUCUGGAGGCAGGGAAUUUGCCAUGGGGCCUAGAGGCACAGGAUAACCUAUCUGCAGAGAGGACCAAAGACCUCUGUGAAGAUACUGAGACCAACAUUAACAGUGAGUCCACAUCAACACAGGGAAUUUCUGAAGAAAGAGAUGUCAUGUUGUCACAUGGUUUGCAGAAGAGUGUUCUUCAGGGAACCAACUUGCUAGAAACCAGUGAACUGGAGAAACACCAGGAAAUCUCCACAGUAAAAAAUAUUAAAGGAAAGGCUCCAAGAAUCCACUGUGCAAGGAAACCCUUCAUAUGUGAGGAGUGUGGGAAAUGCUUCAGUUAUUUUUCUUACUUUGUUAGACACCAGAGAAUUCACACCGGGGAGAAACCCUUUGAGUGUAAUGAGUGUGGAAAAGCCUUUAAUGGCAAUUCUUCAUUAAUCCGGCACCAGAGAAUCCACACUGGAGAGAAACCCUAUCAGUGUGAAGAAUGUGGAAGAGCCUUUAAUGAUAAUGCAAAUCUGAUCAGGCAUCAGAGAAUCCACAGUGGAGACAGACCCUAUCUCUGUGGAGAGUGUGGAAAUAGUUUUACUAGUAGUUCUGAGUUUGUUAUACAUCAGAGAAUCCACACUGGGGAGAAACCUUAUGAGUGUAAUGAGUGUGGAAAAGCUUUUGUUGGUAAUUCACCACUGCUUCGACAUCAAAAAAUCCACACUGGAGAGAAACCCUAUGAAUGUAAUGAAUGUGGCAAAAGCUUUGGAAGGACUUCUCAUCUUAGCCAACAUCAACGUAUUCACACAGGGGAAAAGCCUUAUUCUUGUAAAAUAUGUGGGCAGGCCUUCAAUUUUCAUACGAAACUAACUCGGCACCAGAGAGUCCACAGUAUAGAGAAACGCUUUGACUGUGUAGAUUGUGGAAAAGGCUUUAGUGCUCAGGAACAAUUAAAAAGGCAUCUAAGGAUCCAUAUUCAGGAGUCUUCCUCUUUAUGUGCUGAGUGUGGAAAAGUCUUCACUAGCAAAAGAAAUCUUCUUCAGCAUCAAAGAAUCCAUACUGGCCAGAAACCCUAUGAGUGUGUCAAGUAUGAAAAAACCUUUAGGACUUCUUCCAGGCUAGGUCAUCAUGAACAUGUCUACCCUGGAGAGAAACCUGUCCUGGACAUUUGUCAUUUUGGCCUCCCAGAAUUUUUCACCCCCUUUUACUGGUAAUAGUACACUAAAUUUCCUUUUGGAUUUCAUCUUCUACUCUAGUGGGAUGUGUGACACAGGCCUGGCCACAGAUUCCUUCCCCUUAGCUAUAGUUAUUGGUUCAGAUGUCAGUAGUUCGCCCACAAUGGUCCAGUUAGAGCCUCAGGACUUGGUAAGAAUUAAUAGGAAGAAAUGCUCUUCUUUUUUUCCUUAGUCUUACAGUGGAGAGGAAGUCUUAGAUUCUUGUGGAGACAGAAUAAAGUUAACAGAGUCAAAGAGGAAUCAUAGUUGAAGAGCAAUCACCCUGGAAUCUUCUGUUUGAACAACUGCGUUAAAUCAUAUCUGAAGCCAGAAAUACAUCUGGGUUUUUUGAUUCCAGUAACCAAUACAGUUAGCUUUGUUUUUGU